AUGGAAUACGAAAAACCCUUAAGUUCUACUCUGUGGAAGCAGUCUUCAAUGGCGCCCCACAAGGAAUACGAGGACCUUGACGACCUGGAUGGAGAACACGAAGAGGAUGACGUCAUCGACAUCGACCCAGGGUUGAAGCUGAUGUAUCUGGUCAAUGCGGGUGAUUCUGACGGCAUCAAAGAGCUUUUGGCUUCCGGUGGUGAUGUCAAUUUCCGGGAUAUCGAUCACCGGACUGCGCUCCACGUGGCCGCCUGCCAGGGAUAUGAUGACGUGGUGCAGCUCUUGCUCGACCAUGGAGCUGAGGUGGAUUCGAGAGAUCGGUGGGGAAGCACGCCUCUUGCAGAUGCCUUGCAUUAUAAAAAUCGCGGUGUGAUCAAAUUGUUGGAGAAAUAUGGUGCGAAGCAUUUGAUGGCUCCUAUGCAUGUCCAAAACGCUCGUCAAGUACCUGAGUACGAAAUUGAUCCAGAAGAGCUUGAUUUUACCAACAGUGUUGAGAUCUCCAAGGGAACCUAUAGAGUUGCUUUGUGGCGUGGAACUCAAGUUGCAGUGAAAAUAUUCUGGGAAGGAAUUGCUGAUGAGGAUAAAGUGAAUUCGUUCCGGGACGAGCUUUCUUUGCUUCAGAAGAUAAGACAUCCAAAUGUUGUUCAAUUUCUUGGUGCUGUAACUCAAAGCAGUCCAAUGAUGAUCGUUACAGAGUAUUUACCAAAGGGCGAUCUUCGUGAAUAUUUGAAGACAAAAGGUGCACUUAAACCAGCAACAGCUCUAAGAUUCGCAAUGGAUAUUGCCAGGGGAAUGAAUUAUCUACAUGAAAAUAAACCUGAGGCCAUUAUUCACCGCAAUCUUGAACCUUCGAAUAUCUUGCGGGAUGACUCUGGACAUCUAAAAGUUGCAGAUUUUGGAGUAAGCAAGCUUCUCAAAGUUGCCAAUAGAGUUAAAGAAGAAAAACCUCUUACUUGUCAUGAUACAUCUUGUCGUUAUGUGGCUCCCGAAGUUUUCAGAAAUGAAGAGUAUGACACUAAAGUGGAUGUAUUCUCGUUCGCAUUAAUUUUGCAAGAGAUGAUUGAAGGAUGCCCACCAUUCUAUUCAAAGCACGAUCAAGAUGUGCCCAAAUUGUUUGCUGCAAACGAGCGUCCCCCUUUCAGGGCCUCCACGAAAUUUUAUGCACAUGGUUUAAAACAGUUGAUUGAGGAGUGUUGGAGUGAGAACCCAGCCGACCGGCCCACAUUUAAGAAAAUUAUUCCUCGUUUGAAGGCAAUCUACAACAGAUUUGGCCAUAGAAGGCGCUGGAAGGUUAUGAAGCCGUUGCACUGCUUUCAAAAUACGGACUGGAGCAAAGAUAGUUCGAGUAUAGGUAGUGGAACUCAUUCUUCUCAUCCUUUAGGAAGAAACUGA